AUGGCGGAGAGGCUGGAAUUGGGAGAAGCGGCCCCAAACUUUGAGGUGAUGUUUAUCUGCAACCAUUGUCCAUAUGUUGUGCAUCUGAAGGAAGCCAUUGCCAAGCUUGCACAAGAGUAUUCACAGGAUGGACCUCAGAUGAUGGCAGAGGAUGCUAAAAAAUUUGGCUACAACUUCCCAUAUCUUUAUGACGAGACUCAGCAAGUUGCUAAGGCUUAUGGAGCUGUUUGCACUCCGGAGUUUUUCUUGUUCAAAAAGGUAACUUGUGAUAUUCGCGAGGCACUGGACUGUGUUCUUUCUGGCAAGCCAAUUUCUGGGACACAAUUCGCAAGGAAAUAA